CCCAGUUGGCGCUGCGCCUGCGCCUGCUCGGGGCCACCUCCUCAGUGCCCCCUGCAGGAAGUGAACUUUCUCUUCUCGGUCAGUGUUCAAGGAACGUUUGUGUUAGCCGGUCUUCCCCAGUGCCCGAAGCGACUCUGGGAUUUUCAUUCCGUCCACCCCUCACCGUGGCGCCCCGGCUUUUGCCUUCUCUGAGCCCGUGGGAAACUGGGGCCUCGUACCUCCCAGUCAUCUGGGGCCGGGGGAAAUGUUGCCUCCACUGAUUCAGGUUCCUAGAGCUAAAAUCCGCAGAGAUCAGAUGUGACACCCAGAGGAGGGAGCAGCUCGUGUCUAACGGGGACAUUGCAUUAAAACCUGAAUAAAACAAGUAGCAAGGCUUAAAGAGCGGAAAGCAAGUCAUGGAAAUAAGUGGAAACUUAACAAGGUGAGAGUACGCAGAGCGUCAGGCUGUCUGGAGAGAUGAUGCAAACAACCUCCUUUUAGAUUUGAAGCCAAGGGGAGGGAUUUGCCUGAGGUAAUUCAGUGGUAAAAUAGGAACUGAGAUCUAAAUCGGGAGGCUCCCGUUCUGGAUCCUUCCCCCCUGAACAGUGCCAGAUUUCUUAGCCACGUGAGCAGGGAUCUAUUGCGCUGCUGAAUCCUGCUAGUAAGACCGCCUCUUUCCUAACCAGGCCCAGCACCAUACUGCCGAUGCUCUGAAAUUCAGGAACUUUUCCUGCAAGCAGACCCCACUAACAGGUUCUUAGAAGGAUGAAACUAAUAACUACCAGCGCUCAGGUUCUACUAGCCCAGACACUACAUAGGAGAAGCACUGCCAACUUGCUCCUGUGGAUGUAUCUGACCUACCUUCAGGUCCGAGGAGCAGCGGGGAUGACGGAUGGGGAUGAAGUGGCCAAGGCCCAGCAGGCAGCCCCAGGGGGUGCGGCCCCAACCAUCUUCUCCCGGAUCCUGGACCGAAGCCUUCCGGCUGACAUUCUGUAUGAGGACCAGCAGUGUCUCGUGUUCCGUGAUGUGGCCCCUCAGGCUCCUGUGCAUUUCCUGGUCAUUCCCAAGAAGCCCAUUCCUCGGAUUAGCCAGGCUGAAGAAGAAGAUCAACAGCUUUUAGGACACCUCCUCCUUGUGGCCAAGAAGACAGCAAAGGCUGAGGGCCUGGGAGAUGGAUACCGACUUGUGAUCAACGAUGGGAAGAUGGGCGCACAGUCAGUAUAUCACCUGCAUAUUCAUGUACUCGGGGGUCGACAGCUCCUGUGGCCUCCAGGUUGAACCUGCCUACUGACCAAGGACCCCAGACCUGGAUACUUGCUUGGAUGGUGAAGGGAAAAGUGGGCCCCUGCAGUGCUAAUAAACCUAUUCUCCAUCAA